CAACCCUUUCGCCACUGAGGACAAGUGAGAACACAGUUCAGACCUCGCGCAACUGUGUGUGCUAAAACGCGAUGGCUUCCAGAGCACUAGCGCUGAUGUUUGGGCUGAUUUCAUUGCCAUUGUAUGCCGCUGUUUUUCGAGGACCAUUGCAGGCUGAGAUCUCAAACGGAACUUUUCAUCACUUCUAUGUUCCUGAUGGUGAAUACGACGAAAAUGACGACCCGGAGAAAUGUCAAAUGCUCUUCAAAUGGUUGGACCGAAGCCCUUGCCCUGUGGAAGAGGAUCGGGAUGAUGUUGUUCGCGAGGAUUUGAUCAUAGUCAAGCAACAAACCGAAGACGCGGCGAGGGUUUUGGAAAACAUUGUAAAAACUAUAUCAUACGAUUUGGAAGGCGAAGACAGUUAUGGUAAAUACCUCAGGCGAGAGAUUGUUCAAAUCAAUGAGGCUUUCGCAAACGUUGAAAAAUCCCUUAUGGAGCUAGAGGUGAAAUUCAAACAAAGUCAGGAGAAUGAUCAAAGAGAAGAAGACGAAUUUGCAAGAACUUUCUUGAAUCCGAUCCACAACGUAAGAAGCACGCUACAAGAAACGCUGGACAUCUCCUCUGGCCUCAAGGAUAAGCAUGAACUGAUUUCUCUGAUUAUUCGCAGUCAUGGUACAAGGUUAAGUAGACUGAAAAAUGAGUACCUGAAUGUAUAGCAACGGAGCAAAUCGGUGUGUGGCCUGGCGCGGUAUGAAAUAAAGGUGUACUUCUAUA